AGGCUGAUAGAAAUAUUUCUCUCGCAGUCUAAGAACCAGAGGGUGAGACGGACAGACACAGUAGACUAAGGAAACACAUUCAGGUGUGUUCCUAAAAUCUCUGCAAGAGAUACAAAAGAGGACUAUAGAAAGGGAAAUAAAGAGGGUGAGACCAUAGAAAGGUGGACUAAUUAACUCAUGACUACCAAGAGCGAUGGAGAUUUUUUCUUAAGAGCAGAAGAUAUUUCUAAAUCAGAAUACAUGAGACUCAGCAUGUAGACGUUCCGCAGGAUUCGGUUUAAAUUUCCUCUUCUCCUCCCUCACCCAGAAUUGAAUAAUUUAUCCUGCGUAUCAGCAGACAAAUCUCAAUGUUUUUGGAGAAAUCCGGGGGAUGCGUCUGAGAGAAAGAUGCUCAGCAGAGAAUUCUGACAUGGUGACGAUCCAAAUUGAAAGAGACGAGGAAAGAGUGGACUGUUGAGUGGCAGACACGUCUCCAACAAGACACAGGUAUUCUCUACUCGAUAUUAAGAUUGGUCAAGAUAUUAAUCCGUCCUUACUCAAAUUGUUAUAAAUAUUGUACUCUUGUAUUUGUAAGUCGGUGUGCGAUUUUGGCAUUGUGAUGAUAAUCUGAUUCAUUUGAUCAUUUGAAAGUCAAUCGCAGUAUUUGUUGCCUCGCAGGUUCAUAUUAUUAAGUUAUUUUAUGACAUCAUUUUAUUCCAAAAUCACCAAAAAUUUGCAGUGGCAGAAUAUAAGCCCCAUAACUAUUUAGCGUGCAAAGCAAUACCUUGUAUCUUCAGCAAAUUAUCAGUUUCAUGCAGUGGUAAAUAAAUAUUCUUCCCCCAAAGCUGUGAAAUAAGUAAUAUAGCAAGAGACUGUCUCUGUAAAUAACUCACUGGUGACCUGCAACCUAUAGUUGUUUACACCUGUGUUAAAUAGAUAAGACAGAUAAACCGAAAGCCAUUCAACAAACUCAUGAACUAUCACAAGCCAUAUCCAUCUGAGACAACAAUCCUCACUGUUAUUUAAAGACGGUCCUGUGCUUAGUAUCGACAAGAAUCCUGUGCUUCUGUUGACAUAGCGUCUGCCAGACACUUUGGGGCUUGCGACACUGUGAAAAACAGAAAUGUGUUGGCUUUGUCUGAAGAGAAACUACAUGGAGGAGGAGGAGACAGACAUCUUGCCUGUCAGAGGCUGAAAAAGGGAGCAUUAGGCCAGUGGCAGACAACUGUGGCUGUGAAAAGACAUUUAAGCGUUUUCCUAUAUCAAAGCCGGGCUCCCCCCUGCCGCCACAAAUACAAAAAAGAGACAACAGCACGAGUGCAACAAGGAAAGCCAAGAUGAUUAUUGAUUUUUGCUAAAAACGGAGGCAUCUGCCCUCCUGGACGACACAGACUCCGCUCGCGUCGGAGGGGGAAACAGAAAAUAACCUCCACUGAACGGAGGCAAAACCACAGCCAGAGAGAUAGAGAGCAAGGGAUUUCCCUUCCUCUCUCUCUCGACCCAUCUCGGCAUCAAGCUGGCAGACUCAGCCAUGGCAUUCACCUUUGCGGCCUUCUGCUACAUGCUCACCUUGGUGCUGUGCGCCGCUCUCAUCUUCUUCGUCAUAUGGCAGAUCAUUGCAUUUGACGAGCUUCGCACGGACUUCAAAAACCCCAUUGAUCAGAGCAAUCCUACCAGAGCGAGGGAACGGAUUCUCAACAUCGAAAGGAUCUGCAACCUGCUCCGCAGGUUGGUGGUACCAGAGUACUCCAUCCACGGGCUCUUCUGCCUGAUGUUCAUGUGUGCCGGAGAGUGGGUCACGCUUGGACUGAACAUCCCGCUGCUCUUCUACCAUCUCUGGAGGUUUCUUCAUCGGCCGGCUGACGGCUCGGUGGUCAUGUACGAUCCCGUCAGCGUGAUGAACGCCGACAUUCUCAAUUACUGCCAGAAGGAGUCCUGGUGUAAGCUGGGCUUUUAUCUACUCUCUUUCUUCUAUUAUCUCUACAGGUCAGUUCAAAUUCACAAUCUACUCAAUCAAGUGUCGCUUCGUUAGGUUUCAGUGAUGCUUUCUAGAUGUGUUGCAAUGUUUGAUGAACUUAGUGGGAAAAAAAGCAGCACAAUUACUUUUUUCUCCCAAUGUUUCCGUCUUUUGCCCCGGGUUAUUUCCUCCUGAAGUAUGGUCUACGCCUUGGUGAGCUUCUAACACACAGGACAUCUGGUGGAAUGAAAGGAUGUAUCUGUAAGAGAGACUAAGAUGAACAAAUGGGAACAUUAUUUAUUCCUCUCCAUCCUUCUUAAUACUUUUUCAAACGAGAAGACCAAUCUGAGUGAUGAUGUGAAUGUGAACUCGAUCAUGCCGCUUUGACCCGGAGACUGCUGUCACACAACUGGACAAAGUGUUGAAGGAUUGAAACUAAACAGAAAGAGGACACAGCAGGUGGUUUGCCUUUGAACAAUUACACAAAUUGACAAUAUAUCUCUGAAGGGCUGGAGUUUUCCCUUGCUGCUCUUACUGAUCCAGUCGUCAACUCACUGUGAAACUCCUAUCUCUUAGGGGCGGGAAAACAAAAUGAUAUGUGUAUUUGUUGGUUUUAAAUGUACUGAAAGCAGGAUUGUUUUGGUAUCAUUCCGUGUAUUUACGCUGAUUGACCUUCAAUUUCACACAGGUUUUUCUUUUGGGAUUAUAGGUAUUUAAAACUAUAACAAGCAAGGUAAAAAUGUACGGGAGAAAUUUAAAGCACUGUAAGAAAUUCAGGGGACAAGACACCGAAAAUAACUGAUUGGUGUGUGAAUUCUGAACUAAAAGUAGGAUGAAGCAUUGACCUUGAUGCCAGCCUCCAAAGUUAAAUUUCACACUGUCACAAAAGCAGAAUUAAUCUUAAAUUUGACUGCAAAGGUCAGUCCUUGUAAUGUGUAUUCAAAAUAAGUACGUCCAUUGCUGUAUUGACAUAAUUUAUGCUACACCUUGGGUUCAUGCUUUCCAAAGAGCUUCACGCUCAGACAUUUAAUGCCAAACGUUUAUGUCAUUAAAUAUCAAAACAUUGCACCAAAUAAAGUCAUUAACAGGGAGUGAAAAGAAGAAAUGACGGCACAGUAUCAUAAUCUACAUGAUAAGGCGCUGUGUUACAUUGACUUCAUGCCAGUAACUCACGUUCAUUUUAAACUACUACUUAUUUAUUAUUUCAAGGUGAAUCUCUUACUCAUUUGCAUUUAUACUGUAGUCCUUUUUGCUCAGCAACUUUACUCUGAUCCGAGGUAGAAUAUAUAAAUCUUAUGUACAAAAAGCAAUUAAAAACAGCAAACUGUCAAUGUGGUAUGAUUAAUAAGACAUAUCGAUGCCGUGUUAUUCAGUGUUUGUUAUACCGUUGUUUGAGACUAGAGUGGCAGAUGAGACAAUAAUGACUCUUUGACAACGUUUUAGUUAAUUCAGGAGUGUAAAGACAUUGACGUGAUUAUGAUACAUUGACACAAUCACUCAGCUUAAUAAGGGACAGACGUAAGACGGUCAUGUUGCUGAUGACCAAGAUUUGUAUGGAAGCCUUUCCUCAGCUGGUGCUGCCUUUGCUAUCACGUGUUCAUUAUAUUGAUCUAUAAGUAGAUAAAGUGAUGGUUGAAAUGUGUAGUUUUAACAUCCAUAGAAAAACCGAGUGUGAUGUUUUUCAUACGCCAGCUCCCUGUGUGGUAAACUGUGGUGAGAACGUCUUAAGCCUAAUGAGGAUGUCACUCAUUAUGUCAAAAAAUCUAGGUUACAUGAUGAUGAUGAUUUGACAAUGGUUGUUUCACUUAUAUUGGUAUUCAUACUAAUACUGUUUUGUUACUCUCACUCUUUAAAUGGCAAAAUAUAUUCUAGAAAACUUAACCACAGAACAAAAUCUUUUUAAAAUAAUUCACAAACAUUUUUAGUUUUAGUUUGGUAAUUUGUGAAUGUAAACAUAUUUGUGACAGGUUUAACAAAAUUUCAGUUGGAACAACAGAUACCAAUAUUAGUUGGACAAUAGCGUACAGCUGGGAGAGUUAUUUUGUUUGUGUGUUGUUAAUUAAAUGAAUGAAAAGACUGAAACCAACAAUGUCUUCUUUACUUCAAUUUCUCGGGCAGCCGCAAAUACAUUUGUUUUCCGCAAAGUGUAAAUUUUACAAACGUUCGUCAAAGUCAAUAGGUAAUUAAAACCGUCAGUAGUUUAUUUGGAAACUAAAAGAGGAGCAAAUAGAGCAUUUCUUGGGUUCUGUUUUUAGCAGCAGAUAUUAGCAGCAUAUUUGCGGCACGAUAUUUUAUUCCUGAGAUUGAUUUUAAAAAGUGCUUAUUUUAAUAAUUAAGGAUUUUUUCCCUAGUGUAAACUUGUACUCAAUCACUUUGUUAACAUUCACGCCAAUUUCAAAAUAUCAUUUUAAAUAUGACAAUGUUCAGAAUCUGAUACAGGUCAUAAAAACCGCAUAUUACCGUUCGAUUAAGCAUUUUCAAAUCUUCAUUCAGGUUUUAGGGACAUUCUUAGGACACAACGCAUUCAGAAUAUACUCAACUGACCCCUUGCUUUCCAUCUGCAGGUUUUGUGUGUUCUACUGAUUGUUGUACAUAAACAAUCUUGCUAAACAAACUUGCUAAAACUUGCAGAAACUUAUGACAGAAACAAAGGGACACAUUUUUUGAAUGUUUUCAUUAGCCAUGUAAAGAGCUAAGAAGGAAUAGCGUCUAUGGGCAGAAACCUAAAUAUUUGUGUGUCAACGUUGUGAUUGAUGAGAUCUUAGCGGUUAGAUGAGUUGGAUCAGGCUUUUGCUACACUGGCACUGUUGGUUUUGGUCUUUUCACAGGAUUAUUGACAACAAAAUAAUAAAUCUAUAAAUAAUCAGAAUGUUUAAAAACGUAGUCAUUAUUGUCAAAUUAUGUUUAAAAUGAAUCUGUAGUAUCUGCUUCAUACAGUUCGUUCCAUAUGCUUUACCUUUCAAGACAAACGUCACAUAAUAGCGUCACUGCAAAAGAUGAUGAAAAGAUGAUUAGAAGACAUUGUUUGCUCAGUGGCACUGCAGUAGUUGCAUCAUGAAUGAAUGAAAUGCCAAUGAUUACAAAAAGCUCAGCCAACAUACACAGUUCUUAUGUCUAUUAAGUCAGUUUAAUGUCACUUUGGUACCAAUGAAAAGUUUUGAGAGAGCAAUUGAAAUGGCUUGUGGGAUUAGAAUUUCCACAACAACAGCACCGAAGCAAUUUGUAGUCUUUUAGGGUUCCCGAAGACAAACAUUAAACAGUAUACAUACUGUGCCAAAUGAUGCUCCCAUGUAAGUAAUCAAGGACUCUGAAACCUCAAAACUCUGCCAACAUUGUGAGUGUAUGACAAUCACUAUUAAAGCACAGGAACAUGUGGGAAAAAAGGAGAAAACAGCUCAGUUGAAUGUCAUCAUGUAGUUGCUCUAGACAAAGCAUUUUAGAAAAUUGUAUUUAGAUAUAUCUAUUUGUAUCUAUCUUUUAUACAUUUAUCAUCAAUGUACGCUACAGUAAAUUUGGUGGAUUACUUAAAAUUUAUUAGGUUACUCUAUGAUGUACAGUUAAUAAAAAGCGAUUCUCAUGCCAUAUUCUAAUAAAACAGUAAUGCCAUUAAGAUUA